AUGACGGGCUUCUCAAAGAGUCAGAGGAUUGGUGUUUUGCUGGCCAUAGACACAGCAUUCUUCCUUGUUGAGCUUUUUGUGGGUUAUGCUGUCCAUUCGUUAGCCCUUGUGGCCGAUUCCUUUCAUAUGUUGAACGAUGUUUUAUCUCUGUGUGUGGGACUAUGGGCCGUCCGUGUUGCCAACACCGGAAGGUCAAAAAUGUACACGUAUGGCUGGCAACGAGCCGAGACCUUGGGCGCUCUGGUCAAUGGAGUUUUCUUGGUCGCCCUCUGUCUAUCCAUAUUUCUAGAAGCAAUCCAACGUUUCGUCGAACCUCAAGUCGUCUCCAACCCCAAACUCGUCCUCAUCGUCGGUUGUCUGGGGCUGACCUCCAACAUUCUCGGUCUCUUCCUAUUCCAUGAGCAUGGCCACGGUGAUGGCGGAGAAGAGCUUUCCCACGAUACAGAUGCGCUAAAAUCGGCCGAGGAAGGUCACGGCCACAUUCAUGCUGAGGAUGAAACCCAGGCGGGGGCAGAAGAACAUGGGAACGUGGAAGGUGGACGUCCCCAAGUCCAUGUUGCCGGGGAUCAAGCCUCCGAUACGAAAGGAUUCACCCCCUCCGAUGAGGAAAACACUACGCUGUCUGCCCAAUCAUCCCAGAUACCGCACCGCAAGCCGGUCAGUGUUGCCGAUAUUCAUGCUCGACAUCGUCGGAGAACGUCAGGUUCAUUUGGCCGAGGAUUUGGUUCGGUCGACAAUAUUCAUAUCCACCCUGCUUCCUUCCGUCAGGACAUCAUCCAAGCAGCGCGUCUGGAAGAACGAUCGGAAUCAGAAGCAACGGAAGAAGAUGCUUUGUUGGACAAGACAGAUUCACCCGACGAUCGGUCUCAGGUUUUGGUGGACAGCCACACCCCCCCUUCCAAGGGCGACAAGCGAUUCCCCGGUUAUGGCAGCAUCGGCAAACGCGCUAGUCGCGACGACAGCCACAAAGCUCACUACCAUAAUAAAUCCAAUGACGAAUCACACACAGGCCACGGACACGGAGGUCAUGGUCACUCUCAUGGCGACCUGAACAUGCGAGGUGUCUUCCUCCACGUUAUGGGUGACGCACUGGGAAACCUCGGUGUGAUCGGUUCGGCUCUUAUCAUUUGGCUCACGGCGUUCCCGGGUCGAUAUUACUUUGAUCCCGGCAUUUCACUCGUCAUCACCUGCAUAAUCCUCUACAGUGCUAUCCCCCUUUGCAAAGCCGCUAGUCGAAUUCUCCUCCAAGCGGUCCCGGUGGGCAUGUCAAUUGACGAAAUCACUGCUGACAUUGAAUCACUCCCGCGUGUCAUUGAAGCGCACCAUCUCCACGUCUGGCAGCUCAGCGACACGAAACUCGUGGCGAGCUUGCACGUCAAAGUUGACUGCGAGGUCGAAGGUGCCGGAUCGGCUAGCUACAUGCACCUCGCACACGAGAUUCGGGCCUGUCUGCACGCCUACGGCAUACACAGCUCGACCAUUCAACCUGAGUUCUAUACGGACCACCCGGUUUCGCCUUCUGGGUCGACUGAUUUGACGAAUGGAACGGGUAAUAAUGGACAUACAAGUCCUCCACAUGGCGGGAGCAACAGCAAGACUGCAAGCUUGAGAAGCGAAGGUCGCGUAUGCUUACUUGAAUGCGGAGAUAAAUGCGCAGGAAGCAAGAUGUGCUGUCCGAUUGAGGGGAGAGCCAUCAAGAAAUAA